AUGUCUUGCAAAAUUUGGUAUAUAUUUUGGCUGUUGGCUUGGAAGAAUUUCCAAAAGCAAAAACACAACAAAUUAGUGCUAUUUCUAUCACUUGUUUUGCCUGUGAUUUCGGCACUAUUGCUUUUAAUUUUCUGUGCCUCGAAUGAUCGAAAUCUGAGAGACUACUCGAACCGGAAGGAAGCGAAGGUAUUGGAGUUGAAUUGGAGUGCGCUUGUCGAGAAGAUAAAUGCGAGACGCAAGAACAUGGUGAAGAAACAGAAAGAUUUUGAGAAAAACGUUUUCAUACCGGAAAUUCGGGUGGCCUUCGCCCCCAAUUCGAAUCCCUCGCUGCGAAAACUCAUCGAUGCUGCGCUGGGGAAACUUUCCAUCGGCCGCGAUAAGAUUGUUGACUUUCAAAAUUGCAACGAUCUGCGGACGCACGCCGCCGGCGAACACUAUUUGGCAAGUGUCUGCUUCCGCAAUGCGGAUGAGUCAAGAAGUGGCCUGCCCGCGGUGAUGCAUUUCGCGAUAAUUAUGCCCUCGGAGCUGCGGAACUACGAGCGCACUUGGAUCGGCGACAGCUGGAAGGAGAGCAGCUUCCUGGUCGAUCACGACCAUGAACAUGAUCUCUGGGAGGCGGAGGACGGCCACACGGAUUAUUUGCAAGAGGGAUUCGUGGCGCUGCAAUACUUCAUUAGCCUGGAAUAUCUACAAACUGCCUCCAAGGCGGAAAAAUUGCCGACAAUCCAGAUGCGUCGAUUCGACGAGAAUCCCAAUGUCCUACUCUCCGACGGACUGGAACCCUCGGCCAUACUGCUCAUCCUUCUCGGCUUCAUGUUCCCAGUGGCUGUACUCAUUAAGUUGAUUGUGGAGGAACGCGAGGCUGGACAGCGAUUCGUGCUGGAGGCGAAUAACGCCAGUGCCACGUUGCAGGUGGCGGCCUGGUUCUUCAAUGCCUUCUUCCAGUUGCUCCUGGUCUCGUUUCUCAUGGCUCUCUUACUGAAGAUCCAGUGGAACGGAACGUCGGCAGCAUUGAAUAAGUGCCCCUGGUCGGUGCUGCUGCUCUUUCUCAUCUCCUAUGGCUUCUCGGUGACCAGUUUUGUGAUCUUCACAGCGGCGGUGGUGCGCAAACCGAGGACAGCAGUGGUCGUGGUUCCGAUCCUAUGGAUUCUACUGCCCCUUCCCUUUCUAUCGGAUGAGGACCUGAUCUCCGAGGAGUCACACGGUUUCUAUGCCGUGGCCACCGCUUUAAUCUGCAAUGUAUCUUUUAGUCGGGGCCUCAAGAAGUUGAUUUACCUGGAAAACUAUCCCGUCAAAGUGCCGUCUAGAAAAUAUCUGAUGUACAAAGUAAUGGACUGUGAUUAUGGAUUGUGGAUGCCCAUCGCAUGCUUCUACUUGCAGGCCAUAACCUUCGUUCUAACCGCCUUGAUGCUGGAAAAUAAUACCUGUAUUUGGAUGGCUCGUACUUUUGGGAAAAUGUGGAAAUGUAAAUGUGCUAGGAACAGAAACCUAAACCUGAUGGGAUCUGAAAUCUCAGGUGAACCGGAGAAGGAAUCUUCCUCUGCGCGCAUUGAAUUUCGUAACGUAUCGAAAAGGUUUUCCAAAAAGUUUGUGGUUCGGAAUUUCACCUUGAGUAUGCAUCCCGGCGAGGUGGUGGUCCUACUGGGUCACAAUUCAUCGGGCAAGAGAACGAUCAUCAAGAUGGCCUAUGGAUUGAUGAAACCCUCUGCGGGAGAGAUCUACCUAUCCGGAUUCAACGUAGUCACUCACAAAAGGCUCGCACUUCGCAGCUGCGGAAUUUCCCUGACUUGCAGCGCUCUCUUCUCCGAGUUCAGCGUGUUUGACCAUCUGGUAUUCUUCUGCCGGCUGCGAGGACUGCGAAGAUCGGAAGCCAAGGAGGAGGUGCGGGCCUAUAGUCACCAUUUGAAGAUCGAAAAGUGGCAGGAGGCACCGGUGAAGCGAUUGAGCAUCGGCCAGAAGAGGCUCCUCGUAUCGCUUUGUGCCUUCGUGGGCCGCACACAGAUCGUAAUACUCGACAAACCCCUCGAUGGCGUCGAUGAGCCCAAGGCCAAUCUGUUCUUCGACUUUGUUCAGGAUCAAAAGAAGAAUCGCUCCAUUUUCCUGACCACCAAUAGUCCCAAGGUGGCCAGCGGAAUUGCCGAUCGCAUUGCCAUUCUUUCGCGGGGCAAACUCUUGUCAUUUGGAACUGAAAAAGGGCUGUGCCAGAACUUGAAUGAGGCCUACAGAUUGACUCUCUAUGGCAACGAGCACUGCGAUUUCAAGGAGGUGCAGAUAUUUUUGGAAAACUUUGUUCCCGACAUCGAGAUGGCCUUCACCUUGGGUGAUUCGGCUGUGUUCCUAAUCAAGAAUAAAAACCAAACGGAAUUGAUUAAUUUGCUGGAGAAUUUGUCGCGAUUCAAGGAGGAUCUGGAGGUGUAUAGCUAUCAACUGGAGGAAUGCAGCCUGGAUGACAUCCUCUACAAACUAUUUACCCGUGACCAAUCGAGUUUUGAGUUUGGAGACUUGGAAUCCCACAUAUUUCCCAUAAUCAGCCGGCCCAGAAGGAGAUAUAUUGCGCUGAUCCAGCAUCUUUGGGAGGUUCUUCGCCAACGUUUCUUGGGAGAUAUUCGAAACCGCUCUCUGCCCCUGAUGAAAUUCACUCUGCCGGCAUUGAUGGUCAUCUGGACCCUUAGCAUGCCGUAUUUCUGGGACAACUGCCAUCAACCGGAGGUGAUUGCUUUUCCCACCUCCGAUCGUCCAUCGGGCAUCAUUCUGAUGCAACAAAAUGGAGGUAACAAGCAGCUAUUAAAAGCCUCCAAGGAGUACGGCAAAACAGGAGUCACCGAAGUUAAACCUCGGCUAGACAUUGCCAAGUACAUCUAUGGUUAUGAAAGGGAAAACAGUCUGUUGUCGGACGUGGACAUUCUGGAGGCGGCCGUAUUUUCCGAGGACGAGAUCGAGGUGCUCUUCAACCAGCGAUGGCAUUUCACAGCACCCGAUAGCUUGGCACGGGUCAUGAACUCCCUGGCAAUUGCCCUCAUCGGUUCCGAUUCGGGGAUCAAGGUGGAACUGGAUCCGCUGCCCUUCUCCACGGUCCACACGCUGCAAUUGCAUCUGAACAGCGAUGGCAUCGACCUGAUCUUCGCCAGCUGCCUGAGCUUCGCCUUCUGCUUUGUUUGGAGCAUCCCGCUGCUCUUCAUGACCCUGAGUCCCGAGGGUCGUUACAACUACAUUGAACUGAUUGCCGGAAUGCGGAUGAGCAUCUUGAUUCUGGCCUUCCUCAUCUACGACAUGGUUGCCGUGUUGCUCGCCCUUUUUCCGGUAAACUUGGCUGUCAUUUGCCUGCAGUGGGACCUUCUAAUGGACACCGAUGUCAUCUUGCUUUCCACCUACGUCCUGGUGGCCAUUGCCCUCUGCGUGCUCAGCGUGAAUAUCCUGAUAUCCAUCGGCAUCUCGGACAUCCACAAUGGCUAUCUGAAGCUACUCGUUUUCUAUUCACUCGGCAUUGUGGCCUUUAUUGCGGUGAACGAACUACAAAUCACCGCCGAUCGUUAUGUGAUUCUCCUGCUCAUCCUGGACUUCCAUCCGUAUUAUGCGCUACUCCAUAAUCUGAUGAGGAUUGCCAGCAUUUCGGAAAGGAUAUGGUUGUGCAGGGAUGGGCAGAUCUUUGAGACCAGUGUUUACUCGGAGCAGUGCCUCAAAACGCCCAACUGCUGUGAUGCCAGUGCUCGGGAGUUCCCCCAUUUCGGGUACCUUUGGUGUAUUUACCUAUUGACCAUCCUGGUGUGGAUCUCUAUAUUCGUUUUCCUCCGAUCGCAAUUGGUGAAGCGCAGGCCACGACAAAGCAAAUACUUUUGGGACAGUGAUCCAGAUGGCCAAUAUGACCAGAAUGUUUUGCACAUUUCGCAACCGAAUGAGCUGGAGGAUACUUGGAUAGCCGAAAAGAUACGUGUUAGCACACUGGAACGUAAUUAUAUAGAGAGCAAGGUGCUGCAUGUGGAGCAUUUGAGCGUGUUUUUCAACAUGAGGGCGGCCAUAAAGCACAUAGACUUCAUGAUCAAUCGCUAUCAAGUUUUGAGCAUUUUCGGGGCCAAUGGAAGUGGAAAGACUGUUCUGCUGAAGACCAUCUUGGGCAUUCACUCGCCCAGCUCGGGAAGGAUAAUAAGCUCGACUGGGGUGCCGUACAAGUCGCACCAGCUGGAGGGCUGCCAUCUGAUGGGCUACAGUGGCCAGGAGGCGCAGAUCUUUCAGACGCUGACCGUAGGGGAGACCAUCCAGUUGGUGCUCCGCAUCCGGAGGUCGAGUGGCGAAUCUUUGAGGGAGGAUGCCAGGAAAUUGUGCAAGAUAUUCGGCCUGCACAAGUAUCGCUUUCAAUUGCUAUCGCUCUGCAGUCGCGGCAUCCUGAAGCGACUGAGCAUUGGCCUCGCCCUGAUGAGCGAUGCCGAGCUCAUCCUGCUGGACGAUCCCUUCACCCACCUGGACGUCAUCGCCCAGCGCACCGUGCUCCGCGUCAUUCAUGAGCUGUCCCGCCUCGGCCACUCGGUGAUCUACACCUGCUCCGACACCGAGUUCUCGCCCUCGGCCCUGCGAAUGGCUGCCCUUAGCCAGCAGGGGAUCGCCGCCAUCGGGGAGCGUCGCGAGAUCCAGCAGAACUACUACUCAUCGUACUAUGUCGUCGAGACCCGCAUCCAUAUGCCCGAACUGAAUGAGGAGCAGCACCAGCAGGAAGGUGGCUUGAAACCAUUUCGAGUCGUCCAGCCGGACAACGAGGAUCGGUGGAGGUACCUCAAGCUGUGCGGGCUCAUCGAAAAAGUAUUUCCCCAUGCAAUUAUCAAGACUGUCGGACCGCCGAAGGCCUGUUUCUGGUUGUCCAGCCAUAUGUACUUCAUGCCCCAAAUUGUCAAAACGCUCCAGAUGAACAAGCUCAACUUCUACUCAUUUUCAAUUUCCCAGCCCUCGGUGAAUUCCAUUUUUCUAACCAUUAGUCCCCAGAAAAUUUAUAGAAAGGGAUUUCCCUACUAAUAAUA